AUGACGGGCAAGGCAUCGAGAAGCAUUUCUGAUGAGCCAAACUCCGACCACGGCGAACCGAAAACACCCAAUACCCCUUCCAAUUCUACCUUCGUACCACAAACAGAUCAAUUCCAGGCCAUUGGGUAUGAGUCUGUGACAGACCUAGCAGAGCCAACUCGGGUGAAAAAGCUACCGCGGCGGGGCCCCUCUUUCGUUUCCCUUGUAUCUGGAUCCGGCUCGAUGUCCGCACAUUCUUCCCCAAAUAGACCGUCUAUGAGCUCAGAAGAACAGACAGCACGAGAAGCAAUGAUCCAGUCACAAAUACUCAAGGUGAAUCCGCUCCACCGCCUAAAUCUACAUUCUGAGAACCUGUCCGAAGCCCAGUUACAAAGCCCAGCAGAGAAUUCUAUCUAUGGAACACCAGCCAAUGAUAGCACCGGAAGUUUCAGCUCUUUGGACCCCAAGACACCUCGCGCCGCCAGCGCAAAAGCAAAAAAUGCGAGACUGAUGAAGGAAUUGCAAUCUAGUCCGGUUUUCGUCCCACCAAAACGGAACCUCAGCUCGAACAUCAGCCUACAGUCUUUCGAAGCUGUUACCCUGAACAUAAAUUCAAUGCCUGAAGUGCAAGUCGUCGACGCACUCUUUCAACGGUUGCUCUCCACGCGCGUCUUUCCACAGCAGUCGUUCCAAAAUAUUUCUACAAAGAGAAAAUGGGAGCUUCUACUCAGUGAGAAUGAAACCAACGUCGACUUUGAUUUGCAGAACUUGACCUCUCAGCUCUCACGUGCCCUGCCUAUACUCAGGGUAUCUUCCAGUCCAAAGUUUUCAUCACAGGAAACAAGACCAUCAGAUUUGAGCACAAAGUUAUCUUCGAAGAUAACGAGAUCCAUGUCUUUCAGUCGCGAUAACAGCAUUCCGUCCACAUUGGACCAAAAUGAUUCCGGAACCCUCAGCACACUCUCGAAAAAGUUUAGAAUCAAAGAGGGCUCCCCUAGUUGGUUUGUGUCGCGAAUAAUGGCAAAUAAACUCAGCUCCAAGGAAUUCCGCAAGUUGGUCAAGAAAUUGGACUGCAAAGGAAGCAAAAAAUGGCUCUAUGAGUUUCAGGAUGCACAGGGAGAGACUGCCCUUUCUGUGAUAUUGCAUCGGAUUAAUAAGAGGAGUAUCAAAUCGAAUGAUGAUAUCAUCAAAGAGCAGCACAUUUGCCAUUGCCUCAAGAUGCUUUUGUCGACUGAUCGAAGAGACACAGGCGAAGAAGGCUCGUCUGCUUUUGUGAGUGAAGAUGGAAACUCCACUGCUUCCAAGUCUUCUUUUCUGAAAUCCGACCUUUUGGUGAUUAGCUCGAUCAUGUAUUCCCUACUCUCUCCUAGCUCAACAACGAGGUUGUUGGUCACGGAGUUGUUGGUAUACUUGGUCCACCGUUCAUUGUUCAAUUAUUUCCCUCAUAUAAUGGAGGGCUUCACUGCUCUACAGGACUCGGUGGGCGAUUUUGUCAAAUUUCAGCCCUGGUUAAAUGUUUUUGAAACUGCCAUUGAUCAGCAUUUCAACUUAACAGGCAACCAGAGAACUGGUAACGAGCAACAUUUUAAGAACUACGUGCUCACUACCUUAAUUCUCAUCAAUAUAUUGAUUCAACAGGCGGACGGCGUGAAUGACAGAGCUUCUAUGCGAAAGGAGCUAGAAGAGUCAAGAUUACCUGUCAUUUUUGACAAGCUUGGGGCCAUGAAAGACGAAAAUAUCGAUCAACAGAUCCUGGAAUACGAAGUAUUUGAAAAUGAAGACUACUCGAAAUUUUUGAGUGGAAAUCAAUUGAAGGACUUCGAAGAUGAGGAAGAGAGGCAUACUUUGGGCGAUGUUUAUUCGAAGCUUAAACUAGGAUUUGAUGAUCAUACCCCCCACAAAAAUCAAAGUCAACCCGUGGACUCAGUUGAUUUGGACUCGAUUAUCAAAAGAUUAGCCCAAUUAGACUGCAAAAAAUCAGGAAAAGCGCAAAAAGUAUUCACUUUACUCGAGGCCAUUCUUGCGCAUACAUUGUCCGAUAACAACGUCCAUUUUGAUGCUGACUCCGUCUUAUGUAUGUCUGUUGAACGGCUCAUGGAUCGAAUGGAAACGGAUGAGAUAGCAAGAAGAGCCGUCAUGGAGACCAUAAGAUUACGACAAAUGGUUGAAGAUCUUAAAGCGAGCCAGGAAAGUCCAUCCAACCAAAAUGGACAAAAAUAUGAGCAGACCUUUUCAAGUGAUCGAGCUAAAAGCGAACUGGAUGUUGUCAAGAAUCUCAGGACAGAGAUUCAAUGCUUGAGGAAAGAGAAAGAACUUCUUGAAAAAAGCUUGAAUUUCAAACAGCCUAAAUUCAUAAACAAAGAGAAAGUGUCGCACCAAAAUCAUUUCUCCAAGCUGGGCGCUCAUGAGCCAAGGCUUAAUUCCAUCAAUGAAGGGUAUUCAAGACCCGAUAGUUCGGUAAAGCCAUUGUUGAUGGAUGAAUUAGAGUUGAAAAGCUCACUGACGAUUCUCGAAGGCUUCAUAAGAGAGUCAACGUCUUUGCUCGAUCCCCCAAUACCACCGCCGCUCCCAAGUUCUUUUUCACAGAACAAAUAUGAAGUUGGCGAUUCAAACGCUUUGUUACAAAAUCAUUCCCCACAACCACCACCACCUCCUCCUCCAUUACCGCCCAUGUUAUCACAAGGCAAAAAUUCUAUUGAUGAGGCAACACACAUAAAGCUGCCACCUUCACCCCCCAUGCUUGAACAAAGUUUGCAAAAUCAUUUAGGACUACUGGCACCGCCUCCCCCACCACCUUUACCAGCUCAUCUCACCAUAAGCAAUGAUAAUAAAAAUGGCACAACAUCUUCACCGCCUCCACCUCCACCUUUACCAGCUCAUUUUGCAAAGAGCAAUGACGAUAAAAAAGGAUCCUCAGCGCCUCCACCUCCACCACCACCGUUGCCAGGUAUUUUCUCAACGAAUGGAGGAAAUCUGGGCGGUUCAACGCCAUCGCAACCGCCACCACCACCACCACCACCACCACUACCACCUCUGGACAGACUUCAAGAGACCCCUUUAGAAGCCCAAGGAGCCAUGCUGCCAACCAACCAUGAUGUAAAAGGCGGUGCAGAAAUUCAGGUGAAGGAGGUGGCUCUACCAAAAGCAUCUGACCAAUCAAUAAAACCAAAGACAAAACUCAAGCAGAUGCACUGGAGUAAAAUUGAAAACAUUGACAAAACCUUUUGGAGUGGUAUUCCUCAUAAGGAAAUAAUAAGUGAGUUACAACUGAAGGGUGUGCUACGAGAGUUGGAAAAAGCUUUUGUUGCAAAGAACUCUGUGGUCAAAGUGAAGACCAAAUUAUCUGUUUCCCCCACAAAGCCCAAAAAAAUUACUUUACUACCCAUUGAUUUAGCCCAGCAAUUUGGUAUAAAUUUGCAUAUGUUUGGGAAUUUGACAGUUGAAGAAUUGAUGCAAAAAAUCUACAGUUGUGACAAAUCAAUCACAGAGAAUGUUAGCGUAUUGGAGUUUUUCAACAGCGAUGCAUUGAAUGAAAUGUCUGACUCUGUUACCAGAGCAUUUCUACCUUAUUCGAAUGGGUACACGGGACCAGAAAAUACACCACCUAAGUCUCCAGAGAAUUUGGAACGUGCGGACCGAAUCUUUCUCGAAAUCUUCAACAUGAGAAACUACUGGAAAUCUCGAUCUCGCGCUUUGUUGGUCUUACAUUCGUUUAAAAAAGAUUCGAGUGACUUGCUUCAGAAAUUAGAUUUGAUUUACCGAGGCGCCAAUUGUAUUCAAGAAAGCCACAGUCUAAAGCAAGUUUUGGCUUUGAUACGAUCGGUUGGAAAUUUCAUGAAUGAUUCCUCGAAGCAAGCCAUGGGUUUCAAACUUGAUAUAUUGCAGAGAUUAAGAUUCAUGAAAGAUGAUUCAAAUUCCAUGACGUUCUUGCACUAUAUUGAAAAGAUCGUGCGUAAUUACUUCCCGGAGUAUGGCUUGUUUGUGGAUGAGCUAAGCAUACUCAAUCAUACGCAGAGAAUUUCCGUUGAACAGUUGGAGACAGACUGCGAAGAGUUCAAACGAAACAUUUUGAAUGUUGCCACAUCCAUGACUAAAGGCAACUUGAGUGCGAGAGAUACCUUCCAUCCUGAAGAUGUCAUAUUGGAGAAAAUCAGAGCACCUCUUGAACAAGCAAAGCAAAAGGCGUUUGUUGUGGACUCAAGAAAGGAGCGCACUAUUACUUUAUAUUGCGAAGUGAUGGACUACUUUGGCGAAAACUCAUCCGAUUCAAACAGUAAAAACUCGUUUUUCAGCAAAUUUCUCAAUUUUGUGUCAGAGUUCAAAAAGAUGCACGCUGAGAAUGUGCAGAAAGAAGAAGACGAGAGGGUAUACGAAAGAAAAAAGCAAAUGAUUCAAAGGAAGGAAAAUGCUCUUAAGGAUAAGAAGAGUAAGAACAAGCAUGAAAUGAAGGUCAAAACAGGUGGACAUAACGGCAGCACUGACGGUGAGAUUUUGCGCGAUAAGACCAAAGAAGGUGGCACUGCGUUCAAUGACGAGGAUGAGGAGGAUGGUGAUGAGGAGGAUGAUGGAGAGGGGUACUCAAUUAGUGCAAAUGGAAAGGAGAACCGAAGUCCUGAGUCUAUCGAUGAGUUGCUCCGCAGGUUGAAAUACCAAUCACCCAUACUAGCUGAUCAUAAAGGACGGCGCGGUCACAAAGGACAAUCGUACGUUGGUCUGAAAUCACUAUAUUCUUACUCGAUAGAGAAUUUUAUUGAUACAGAUGAGGAUUUGACCAUCAGGAGAGAGAAGUCAUCGAAUGAGUACGAAAGUGUCAAAUCAUUGCGAAGAAGAAUGACUACGCGGAAGAAUUUGGUGGACCGGGAAAAGGCCGUGGAGAAAUCCGAGCAAUACGAUGUUGUUAUGCUCAGGGCGCAGGCUAUGUUGAGCCAACUCCGAUCGAAGACGAGCAAAAAAGACUUGCUUGAACCUGAUAAGGAUGCACUACAUGACAUGGAGUGA